AAUUAUCGGGUUGUCAAAACAAAGUUCAUUUGCCCAAGAUGGAGGAUAGGUUAUGGGUCAGUACUAAAAUAAGUUGCAAUGGCCGUUGAUGUUUUACCACCAAAGCGCGAUGUUGAUAAUAAUAACAAUCUCAGACAUGACCCAGUAAAGGCAUCAACAGGAGAUGAUAAUAGCAAAUGGCUGAAUCCGUAUGAAAAGCUCACUCGAGAUUUAGUUGAAGAUGAACGAUGUGUCAAAGAAUUUUCCUUGGGCAAAAGAAUUGGCUUUUACAGAUUACGUGGAGAUUUGGGAAGUGGAAAUUUCGCUAAAGUUAAAUUAGGUUUUCAUUGUUUGGCUAAAGAAAAAGUUGCAGUGAAGAUUUUAGACAAAACCAAGCUAGAUGAAAAAACCCAACGUUUGCUAUCCCGUGAAAUCUCGUCAAUGGAAAAACUUCACCAUUCCAAUGUGAUACGAAUAUUUGAAGUUUUGGAGACCUUGUCCCACAUAUAUAUAGUUAUGGAGUAUGCACCUUCUGGUGAAUUGUUUCAUAAGAUACUAAAUGAUGGGAAGUUUUCUGAAAGCUUGACAAGGAAAUAUUUUGCACAAAUUCUAUCUGCUGUUUCUCAUAUGCACGACUACAACAUCAUCCAUCGCGACAUCAAGGCUGAAAAUGUCUUCCUUUCAUCAAACGGAACUGUCAAACUGGGUGAUUUGGGUUUCAGCACAGUCAUUUCGUCACCGGACCAGCAUUUAAAUACAUUUUGUGGCAGCCCACCUUACGCUGCACCAGAAUUGUUCAAAGAUGAUUUUUACCUGGGUCGCUUCGUUGAUAUAUGGGCGCUGGGCGUUUUACUUUAUUUCAUGGUGACAGGCACCAUGCCGUUUCGUGCCGACACAGUGGGCAAGCUCAAGCGGAAAAUUCUCGACGGUACUUUCCACGUUCCGGAACACGUCACAGAGAACUGCAGAUUUUUGAUUUGUCAGAUUUUACGACCUCUUCCAACCGACCGCUUCACCGUGCAAGAAAUAAUGAGAAGUUUAUGGCUAGAAGGUGUCUGCUUCACGGAAGCGUCCAAGUCGCACAAAUCCAGACCUUGUCUUGACUGCAAAGAACUCAGUGAUGAAGAGCAGCUUGGUAUGCAACAGUUAGCUGAGUAUGGUAUUACGAACGAAAUGAUUGAGAAAUGUCCUGAAGAUUCGAGAAACAACAUCAAUGGUACUUUUCGCAUUGCUGUAUAUCAAGCAGAACGGCGCGCCAUAGAGAGACGACUAGAAAGAGAGGCUAAAAUACAAGAGGAAGUUGAGGCGAUGCGUUUAAGUAGAUCAAAAAACAAAAAGAACAGCCCGACAAAAGGUGCCGAAACACCACAAUCAAAAUUUUGCAACAUUCUUUAACUUUUUGACCGUAUAUAUUUUUAUCAAUUUCUGUGUUUGUGCCGUAUGUAUAUUUGUUUGUAUGUGUGAUGUAUAUAUUGUGCUUAUUUAAAUUUCUAAUUUAUUAUUUUCUAGUUGCUAAGCAACUAUUCGAAUCUUGAAUUCUAACAAACAGUAGCUAUUUAAACCAAUCAGGAGGUGGACAUUUUUGCAUAUUCAUUUUUUGAACACUAUGAUAAUUUUGGGAUUGCGAUUUUGUCUAAAAAAAAGUAAAUAAAAUUCCCUACUUGAUAAUUUCACUACUCCAACCUUAAAAAUCAGUGGAAAUAGUAAGAACAUGAUAUAUUUAAAAAAAGUGACACAUAUAUAAUAUAUAUAUAUGUAUAUACUAAAUCUGAUUUUAUUUGUAAAUAUUGUUUGUACAUAGCGAUUGGACAGAAGACUUAUCAACACAGCCUUGCAUAUUAAAAAUAACAUUGUAACUUUUGUACAUCACAAAAUUAACAGAACUAAAAAAGAUAGAAA